CGGAAAUGUUUAGACUAGUCUAUGACUCCAUUGUCUAUAGACUCUACAAACUCCCUCCAAUCACCAGAUUCACAAUCACUACCAACACAGACAGAACCACCACAGCACUUCUAAUCAAAAUCAUAGUUCCUCUCCAAAAAUAGAAAACACAAAAAACACAACCAAAAAAAAAAUUGUCAUGGAUCACUCGUUCUUGUUAAUGCUUUCAAAUCUACUCCAUCUCCAAAACUCUCUAGACCCAACAACCUCAUUCCUCUCCUCCACACUUUCCUCUUCCACCACCACCACCACUUCCUCCGCCGCAUCCCCUACCUCCUCCUCCUCCUCCGCCUCCCCUUCCCCAACUUCCCUCCUCUCCUCCUCCUCCGCCGCCCCUCUCCUCUUCUUCACCAUCGCUUCUGUCCUCUCUUUCCUCGCUUCCUCUCGCCCCAAACCCAAAUCCCAAACCACCGCCUCUUCCUUAAACCCCAAGAAAACCCCUUCUCCUCAAAACCCAAAUUCCGAUUUCUCCGUCUCUGCCUUUCGCGCUCUCUCCACCGAAACCAUAUGGUCCCUCGAAGCCCCAAUUCGCGACGCGCAAUGGAGGUCACUGUACGGGCUGUCGUACCCAGUUUUCACCACGGUGGUCGAGAAACUCAAACCCCAUAUCGCUCUCUCUAACCUGUCUCUCCCUUCUGAUUACGCUGUUGCUAUGGUUCUCUCUCGCCUCUCCCAUGGCUUCUCUGCUAAAACCCUCGCCGCUCGUUACUCGCUUGAGCCGUACUUGAUUUCGAAGAUUACCAACAUGGUUACUCGUUUAUUGGCCACCAAGCUUUACGCUGAGUUUAUUAAGAUUCCAGUCAGUCGUAGGCGUUUGAUUGAGACAACGCAAGCUUUCGACGAGCUUACCUCGCUUCCCAACAUGUGUGGAGCCAUUGAUGGGAGUCAUAUCAAGCUUCAUAGUCUCCCCAGUGACCCUAAUUUGGCUUCUCAUUACAAAUGCCGAUAUGGGUUUCCUUCGGUUCAGCUCCAGGUUGUGGCUGACCAUAAGAAGAUUUUCUGGGAUGUGUGUGUAAAGGCGCCAGGUGCGACCGAUGAGGCCGCGCAUUUUAGGGAUAGUCUUUUGUAUAAUAGGCUUACUUCUGGGGAUAUUGUGUGGGAGAAAGUUAUCAAUGUGAGGGGUCACAAUGUGAGGCCUUAUGUGGUUGGUGAUUGGUGCUAUCCUUUGCUGCCAUUUGUGCUCACACCCUUUUCACCAAAUGGGAUGGGCACUCCUGCUCAGAACUUGUUCGAUGGAAUGCUUAUGAAGGGGCGGUCUGUUGUGGUUGAUGCAAUUGGGUUGCUUAAGGGGAGAUGGAAGAUUCUUCAGGAUUUGAAUGUGGGACUUAAUCAUGCGCCACAGACAAUUGUUGCUUGUUGCGUUUUGCAUAAUUUGUGUCAGAUUGCAAGGGAACCGGAGCCAGAGCUUUGGAAGGAGCCAGAUGAGACUGGGGGUUCACCUAGGGUGCUUGACGCUGAGAAGUCGUUUUAUUAUCAUGGGGAGAGCUUGAGGCAGGCAUUGGCUGAUGAUUUGCACCAAAGGCUUUCUACAAGAUAGGACAUAAAGUCUUUGAGGAAUGGAUGACUGUGAACACUGAACACCUUUGCUUCUCUGUAAGGAUGCACUUUUCUUCAAGUUCUUAGAUAUGCUUGUGAUAAUAUGUAUGUUUUCUUUCUUGCCUUUUCCCCCCUUUUUAGUAAGCAUUAGAAGUAGAUCCUUGGACUGGUUAAAAUCAUGUGUAAUGACUCAUUUCUAAUAGAUGGGACAAACUGAUUUGGUAACAAAAUGUGUACAUUAGAGAGUACUGAAUUGGAAAGAGUGGCACUGCAAAACUAUAACCUCUUAGAUUGGUUAAUUUAUUAUAUUUUCAGUCCUAUCCUUGUUAUGAUCCA